UCUAUGGUUUCGGCUCGUAGUCAGGGACUUUUCUAUCUGUAUGUUUGAAUUUAUCUAUAAAGCUAAGCAAAUUAACAAUUUUCAGCUCUAUUUGAAUUGCUACUAUUGGGGAAGAUUUUCACCCAGAUUUUUGCUUAAGUUUGUUUAAUAUCUCUGGUAGUGCUUUUUUUUGACUUUGACAAUAAAUGACAUUGACAAUUAUAUAAUCACUAUUGUUUUGAAUGUGUUCAUUUGUUCAUUGAUACUUUCAUAAUAUUCAUAGCAAGAGACCCCAAUAGACAUUUCUGAUCGAAUAAAUAGCAUAUAAGAAACUCUGAUUGGCAAUAAAUAUUAGCUAUGGAUACUGUGAAAGAAGCUUUAAAUCGAUACGAAAAUAUAAUGGAUCAAGAAAUUGUUGGAGUCCAACUCGGCUGCUAUUCUGUAGCAUUGAUAGGUCUUAGUAUUGCAAUUCGUAAAGUAAGACCUUUUAGCAGAUUCAAAAGUCCACAAGAUAUACCUAAUAUAUUUAUCAAAGAUAAGAGAGAACUUACUGGUUUAGUAAAAAGAAUAGAUCCAAAUGGAGCACUUCUAAUGGUUGAACAUAAACCAUUAAUCUCUCUUCCUAUCAUUCCUAAAGGGGAAUUGCCAGUGAAAAUAUUAGGAGUUGAAGUCAAUGGUUUAGGAAUUAGUUGGUUGCAAACAAUUGUGGUAAAUUCAGAAGUAAUAUUUGUUCCUGUUAAAAAGGAACAGGAUCUUGUUCAUUGCAAAGUCUUACUUCCCAACAUAAACCAAAUGGUUAGGGAAUCAGAUGUGAAGAAAAAAGACAGUCAAAUUCUGAAAUUAUUAGUAUCUAAAAAACAAAGUCCUUUUUUGAAUGUUGGAGAAAAUUUAGUGAAAAUAGGUUUUGCACAAGUAGCACCUAUUGAAAGAUCUAUAUUAUUAGAAACAAAAGAUUAUUGUGAUUCACUUCAUUCUGCCUCAUUAUAUGCUUUGAAGAAGAAACUUGGUCUGAAGUACUACUGGAUACCAAUUAUGAAUAUGUUUAAUGCUUUACUCUUGAGAUUCACUAGUUAUGGAAAGGAACUUACAACCAAGGUUGUUUCCCAUGUUCAAACUGUGCCAGCCAAAUUGACACCUGCAUAGCAAUUAUUUUUGUAUCAGAUAUUUGUUAUUUGUCUUCAAUUUAUAGCGGCAUUUAGAAUCGGUCGCUAUUUUUAUACUUUGGAAUUUAAGAAGGAUUUUAAUUUGGAGAAUAAGACCCACCAAUCCCACCAUACAUUAUUUGAUAUUGACUAAAUUUUUUUUUUUGAUUUUUAGCACUGGUCAAGAUGAACAAAAAUGGAACAGCUAUUUUUGAAAUUAUUUAAGAGAGCAAGAUUGGAGACAAAAAUUUAAAUUUCUAUCAUAUCACACUAAAUUUGUUUUGUUUAUUUUUUUAAGAAUCCAUAUUAAUUACUUGCUUUUUUUUGCAAGACAAAAUAACAGAUUUGGCACUAGUUGAAGAUGAUGCUAUAAUUAUUCCUGCCAUAUUGCAUCAUGUGUUAUUGUGCCAAGUUGCGCUUUGAAAAUGACUGACAUUGUCGUACUUAGUCUAUUCCAAUAAUUCUGUUAUGUAAUUUGAUGUAUAGAAAUGUUGAAACAAUCUUUUGAUUUAUCAUUGUUGAAAAAAAUUGAAUCUGUUAGUAAAUAUGAGAUCAUUUAGAAAUGUUAAAGUAUAUUUUUUCAAUAAAAAUGUUACUUGAA